CGCCUGUGAUUGGUUCCCUUCCCUCUCGACUUCGACGGUCUGCUGUUUUGACUGAUCAGGAAAUUCGGAAAACAAGCAACGGCAUUCGCGUCUAUACCGAGAACACAUGUUUUCUCGCUUUUGCGUCAAGCGUGUCCUUCUCAGGACAAAUGUAACCAGGAAGUAAGUCUCUGGGGCGGCUGUGUCUGAACUCACAAUGCGUUCUUUAGAAGCAGGACUGUAAAUGCAAAAGGAUCGUGUCAUGAUUGACGUCGGAGCUUAGUGUACUUGGUCAUGUUGAGGCAUUACGUGAAUGUCGUGCUGAUAUGACAUGUGCUUGCUUCAGCUCAGGAUGAGUAAAGAAUUGGAGGAGCUUUCUCCCCUGGAUGACUCGGGACAUGGUGAUGGGUCUGAGGAAGAAACAGAGGAGGAUGAUGAGCCCAAAAUUUGUCAAGUAUGUGGCGACAAAUCCACAGGCUACCACUUUAAUGCCAUGACCUGUGAGGGCUGCAAGGGCUUCUUCAGGCGCGCCAUGAAGCGACCAGCACAGCUCUGUUGCCCGUUUCAGAACGCCUGUGUCAUCACUAAGAGCAACAGGAGACAGUGCCAAUCCUGCAGACUCCAGAAAUGCCUCUCAAUCGGCAUGAAGAGGGAAUUGAUCAUGUCGGAUGAGGCCGUGGAGAAGCGGAGGAUGCAGAUCAGGAGGAAGAGGAUGCAGGAGGAGCCUGUGACGCUCUCUCCUCAACAGGAAACUGUCAUACAGGAGCUGCUCACUGCACAUCACAAGACCUUCGACAUGACUUGCACCAACUUUAUUCAGUUCCGGCCUUUAGAUGGGGAUCAGGAAUCCAUGUCUGAGCAAGGUCUAAAAACAAACAGCGGCAGUGUCUUUCACGCAGCCAUGCACAAAACACUGUCUGAAGAUGCAGUGCUACAGAACGACAGCUUUUCCUCGCCCUCGUCCCCAUCCUCCAGCUUUCAUAGUCCUGAGAAUAAAGAGCGGAAGCAACGUAAAAGUGUCAUUUUCACUACUCUGCCACAUUUUACAGACCUCACCACGCACAUGAUCAAGAAUAUAAUCAACUUCAGCAAAACGCUUGCAAUGUUCAGGGAUCUAAUCAUAGAGGACCAGAUUGCACUGCUGAAAGGUGCCACCUUUGAGAUCAUUCUGAUCCACUUCAACAUGUUCUUUAAUGAGGAGACAGGCAUCUGGGAGUGUGGCCCACUGCAGUACUGCCUGGACGACGCCAUGAGAGCUGGCUUCCAGCGCCAUCUGUUGGACCAUAUGAUGAAUUUCCAUUACGCUCUGCGCAAGCUGCACUUACAUGAAGAGGAGUAUGUGCUGAUGCAGGCCAUCUCGCUCUUCUCACCAGAUCGCCCCGGUGUGACACAUCACAGCAUGAUUGACCGCAACCAGGAAAUAGUAGCACUCACCCUGAAGACCUACAUUGAGGCAAAGCGGUCCGAGCCAAAUAAACAUCUGCUGUACCCAAAGAUCAUGGCGUGCCUGACUGAGAUGAGGAGCAUGAAUGAAGAGUAUACAAAACAAGUGCUGAAAAUCCAGGACAUUCAGCCUGAUGUGUCUCCACUUUUACUGGAAAUAAUAAGCAAAGACAGCUGAGCCUUCACAGAGCAGAUGAGACUCGCUAUCAGCCGCCGCGCUGACCUUCACCUGAGGACUGAAAUACAGUCAAAACCAGCGAGGACAACGACUGUGCCUACUGAUAAUGAACUACUGAACUGUCUGCAGCACACAGGAAUUUGGAAAUUGUAUUUUUAUAAUUGUGCUACUAAAUGUAUUUGUGUUCCAGCAAUCUUUUUUCGGGAUCUUUUCACAAAAGAACAAUUUCUAUGGUUCAUAACCAGAUGUAGGACGGCUCGUAUUAUCUCUGACAUUCACUGCAUGAAUGAAGCUUGAAAUGUGGGGUUAGAUUGAGAUUCGAUUCACUUUUCCCCCAGUCUGCAGUAUGUGUAGAGGAGAUGCUGGAAGAGAACACUAUUAUGGCUGCAAACGGAUAAAAUGACAAUAUGAUGCAUAUUAGUCAUUUGUGUUAAUAGUCUGUCUUGACAAAUCUGUUUAUUUAUUGUUUGUUUUUAAAUGCAAAACAGUUUUAUUAGUUAACUGCUUCUAGGUAGGCUAUGGUGUGUUCAGGUUAUGUAAAAAAAUAUGCAUAUAUAAUAUCAGUGCCAAUGUCAGAUGUGAGUAGCUGUAUUUGAUUCAAACAUUUUUCCAGACUAGAAUGUAAACAGAGUUAUGAAUCUCAUAAAGUACAUGUUCAGGUCUUAAUGUACCUAUUUAAAAACAUGUUUUGCAUAAUAAAAGAAGCCUAUUUUUUUAGCACAAUCAUUUAGCCAUUAUGAUUGCCAUCACAAAUAAUUUAUACUUAUGCUAAUUUAAUUUAUACUAAUGAGAAUGUGCUUUUACUCUUUUUGUUGUUUUUCCAUUAUGGAAAUGAGAAAAACAGGGUUAUCUUAUGCAAAACGUUUUUUUUUUUGCAUUUUUUUGUUGCAUUUUUACAAUUUCAUCACAAUUAUUUUGCGUUACAGUAAUGAGAAUGGGAUUGUUUUGAAAUUUCAGAAAUGCAAAAAUAGUCUUUUUAUGCAAAAUAUCUUUUUUGUUUUGUUUUGUUCAUUUUCAUAAUUAUUUUUCAUUACAGUAAUGAGAAUCGGGGUUUUUUUUACAGUAAUGAAAAAAUAGGCUUACUUUUAUGCAAAAUAGGCAUUUUAUGUUUGGAUCUGUUUAAGAUCUUGUCAAAUUUUGUGAGAUUGACUGAUGUUUCACUGUGUAUGUGCUAGCUAGUCAUGUCUGCUGUGAAUGUUUUAUAUUAGUAACAAAGCUUACAGAAUUUUGCGCAACAUACAGUAUGAAUGUCUACAAUUCUGAAGAAUCAGAAAGGCUGCAAAAGUUCAUCACACAGACACUUUCUUGAGAAGCGAUUGCCUUUUAAAAUGCUUCACUCAGCAGUGAGCGUAACCUUUUUCAUUUAGUACAUUCAUGGUUUAAAGCAAAUUUACUGAACAGACUUUUAAAGGUCAUUUUUACCUUUUCUGGUUCGUUUUGUCAAUAAAGCUAAAAAGGUUAACUGGGACAGUCAAUGUAAAGAUUGUGAGCUAGUGUCGUAUGUGGAUGUGACCUGACAAUGUAAAGCAGAUGUUGAGGGUUCAAACUAGGAGUGCAGUAUUUUUUGGAAAGGACUCUUUCACAUAUUUGACUCAAAUACAAGCAGAGUAUUCAGAUUUCAGGUGUCUCUAUAAAGCACAGACUCGUUUAAAAUGCCUUCAUGUUGGCAUGCUGUGUAGAUUAAGCACUUAUUUCAUCCUGUCUGCAAUAUGAUGAGGAAACUUGUCACAAUACGAGUAAUUUCUACACAACACACUCAGGUUUAUGAGUAGUAUAUGACCCUCUCAGGAAAAUAAAAUGUAAUAUUGAAUGAGAA